AUGGUUGACGGACGUAGUGGCAGUGGUGGCGGUGGCGGUGGUGGCAGCAGCGCCUCUAGCGCCGCGGCUGGUGCAGCAAUUACGACAGGAGGAGCUGGCGGAUCGAGACACCGGACUAUCAGCGACGACGAGAAGGGAGGCCGCAUGCUGCAUCCCCGCACGCAACUCGCUUUAGUGACAGGCGCUGCGAUUGCGGCUGCGGUGCUGCUGCUGCGAGGACCACGGCCGUCUCUCAACGAGCGACUCAAGCAAGCAGCAGUAGGCAAGGCAGAGAGCAGCAGACGAGGAGUUGAGGCGGCAGCAGGACAAGUUCAGGAGGGCGUUUCACCGCUACCAGCACGCCAGCCGCACCCAGCACACUUUCAACUGGCGAGGCAAAGAGCAGCAGACGAGGAGUUGAGGCGGCAGCAGGACCGGUUCAAUCGGGCGUUUCACCGCUACCAGCACGCCAGCCGCACCCAGCACACCUUCAACUGGUACUGGGACGGCCGGUCCUUUGGCCACGGCUGGGACGAACAGCGGGCAGCAGUGAAUUUACGCCGUGUCCUCACGGCCUACGAGUUCCUCUCGUCUCGGGGCAAGCAGGCAGCACGCCGCUAG